GCGACAGGGGAGCCAAUUGGUCAGCCAUUGAUGGGGCACACUUCUUCGGUCACAUCAGUCUCAUUCUCGCCGGAUGGUACUCACAUCGUUUCUUGUUCAUUCGAUGGGACAGUCCGGCUCUGGUAUGCAACGAUUAGGAAGUCAUUGCAGGACCCCGCCGAAGAAGACCACUCACCAUCCUCCCUGCACGGCAGUUGCAUCCCACAUCCAACAGCGGCCAUCGCCACACCCAACACCGUGAACGAUGACUUUAUUUCCUUCUCAUCCAACUCGGCACAUGCACUGUGCGACACUGCUGAGCUACUCGCAGGCACUUCUCAUGACGACCACACGUUUCUGCUGGGAGCCGAUGGAUGGGUAUCAGGACCAAAUAAACAGCUAUUAUUCUGGGUGCCACCUGGUUCUCGAGAACCAUUCUAUAAUUCUCGGACUGCAUUAUUGAUACCCAGAGGUGGUGUUGAGCUUGAUUUUCGUCACAUGACACAUGGGACACGCUGGCAGCGUUGUCGCAAGGACUCUUGAUUACGAUGAUCUCGUUCUGGUGAUUAAUUUUCGGAGAUGCCUGAGACACUUCGUCGAGUACAAUUGGAGUGUACAUAUCUUGAGAAAAGCGACACAGUAGUUUGAUAGUUCUGCGGAAGGUGCCAACCACACAAGCUGUCUGCUUCAUUCUCUGUCUAUAAUCGAAUCAGAGACAUGCAACUAUGUGGUCGAUGAAGAAGUCGUUGGUGGCUUUUGGGGGGGUUAACACCGUUAAACACAACGUAUGUGCUACGGUCUCCAAACUGCGACAUCACCAGCCACCAGCAUUGCGUGAUGAUUUUAACUCCUUGGAUUGGUCGUGUGUUUGAUAGUAAGGAUGCCAUUCAAUGGAAGUAGUAGUAUU